AUGCGCUACUCGAGAUAUUUUUCCAACAUUGAAUCAAUUGUUGGUGCUGGAAGAUCUGGUGGCUCCUACGACACUACUAGAUAUCUGACAAUGUGGGUAAAAGACUGUAUCAAUUCAGCUUUAUCAUUUUGUAAAGUGUCUCAAGAGGUCAGAGACCAGUUUCCUGCUGCCAUCUCAGAGGCCUCUGCAACAUUUCACAAUGAUUCUUUUGCAGGCAAAGCAAUUACCAAUGCGACCAAAGAGAUUAGAACCUUGAAAAUACAAUAA